AUGGUGAAUGGUGUGGAACAUGCAGCUGGCAAUGCCAACAAUGAACAAGAUGAGAGCACUGACAGUGCCCCUAGUCCUCUGCUCUUGGGCGCAAAGCCAAAGAAAAGACUCACUUCCAAGUGCAGCCCUGAGAUUCAGACUCAGAAGAGGCAAAAGAAUCAGGAGGCUAUUCAGAAUGGGUCUCAUGAGGAACCUGCAGCACCCGAGCAGACGAAUCUAGCUUCCCCAGUUCUUUCAACUGAUCAGAAUAAGAAGAAUCAAGUGACCCAUCAGAACAUUUCUCGUGAAGAACUCGUCAGGACAUUUGCCAUGCACGGACAUGCAACAAGGAUGGUGGAACAAGCUGACUUUUGGAAGCUUCUUACCGACCUGAAUCCUGCCGUCAAGAUUCCAUCCCGCUUCGACCUGAAGAAUGAGACCUUUAACUUGUUCGAUCAAGAAAAGGCCAAGCUGAGGGAGAAGUUAACAGCUUUACCAUGCCGUGUUUGCCUGAGUGCAUAUGUGUGGCACUACAGUCCACUGCAGGCAUUCUUGUGCUUGACUGUUCACUAUAUCGACGACGAAUGGGAGAAGCAGAAAAAGAUCAUCAGAUUUAGCCCUGUGGGCCCCUCUUGCAGAGCAGAAGAACUAAGUCAUACCAUAUUGCGAGCUAUUGGAGAAUGGGGUCUUGAUGGCAAGGUUUUCAGCAUUAUACUGGAUGACGCAUUCAUUGAUGAUUCAUUGGCUUCAAAUGUCAAAACCAGUCUUCAGAAAAGGAACAAAGUUGCUGCAAACCGGAGCUUGUUUGUGGCACGUUAUGCAACUCAUUUACUUGAUGAGGUUAUUCAGGUGGGGCUGGACGAACUUGACACUAUCAUGGAGGAUACCAGCAAGUGUUCCAGGAUGUAUCCGACCCCUUCACUAGCACAUCAUCACAAGCACAGAUACGCAUCAGCGGAUGACUGGAAAAAAGCACAGAAAAUUUGUAAAUACUUGCAAGACUUCAAUAGAUACAAGGACUUGGUCCAGAAAUCGCCUAGCCCGGAUAAAGUGUUUGAUAAGGUGUGGAAUGUGAAGGAAAAGGUGCUUCGCAACACUGACAUUGAUAGGUUCAAGACACUCGCCGAAGUCUUUUUACGUGACAAGGAGGAGGAGGGAAUUUCCGUUAUGCGGCGGAAUAUGGAAAAGAAGUUCAAGAAAUGCUGGAAAGUCUGUUUCUUGCAUUUUUGCAUGCCUAUGGUCAUGGAUCCUAAAUACCGUCUGGAACACAUCAAGUCACGCAUACAAGCCUUCACGGUGCAAAGUGCCUAUACCGUGGACGGCGACAUAGAAGAUUUUAUUUGCCAAGUGCAUGACGCACUGCUUAACCUCUAUGGUGAAUAUUCAAACCAGGCCGAAGAACCUGACUGCACUUCUUGGUCUAAAAUUUGGACGGGAGAGUUCAGCGAGGUGCAACUGCUUCCAGCAGGUGAGUCCAGUGUGCUCCAAUGGUGGAAGGAACAUAGCCUGACCUAUCCUUCAAUUGGUCGGAUGGCACGCGAUAUAUUGGCACUACCACGCCGUACUGACUGCAAGGCAGCAACAAGAACUGCGAGGCUAGUAAUGUCUGAGUCGGGUAAUAAAAACCGGGUUGAGUGUCUUGUCUGUAUUCAGAACUGGCUUGCACCUGCUGGUACUACAAGUGUGGAGUCAAAUCUUCAAAAUUGA